AUGAAGCAAGGGACGCCACCAUCUUCAACAAAGAGUGAAAGCAAAGUUUCUGGUAAUAUGUCACAGCCAACACCACCAUCUUAUCUCAGAGCUUCAGCUUCUUCCAAAGCAAAGGAGUCUCCAAGUCCAAGGCCAUCAAGAGCAAAGUCAGUCUCCCCAGAUGUGAAUUGUGACAAUUCCAGGAGCAUUAGGAAGUCUCUUUUGCUCAACAAGCCUAAAUCUGGAGAGUUGGUGUUGGGAUCUCAGAAAAGUAAGGAACUUGAAGAGACUAAAGCUGUGGGUAGGCCUGGAAAUCGCCAGGUUGCUGAGCAAUUUGCAAGGCCAAGGCCGCAGAGGCCUGCGGAUCCUAAUUCCAAGAGAAAUGAAGACCACCCACAUGAGAAAAACAGAGAAUUGCAGGAAAAAUUUUGCAUGAGUGAGAGUUUGAUCAUGAAUUUGCAGGCUGAGGUGUUGGCCUUGAAGGCAGAGUUGGAUAAGGCUCAGGGCUUGAACGUGGAGCUGCAGUCACAGAACAAAAACCUCACUGAGAAACUUGCUGCUGCUGAAGCAAAGAUAGCAGCUUUUACCACUCGUGAACAGCGGGAGACAAAUGGAGAGUACCAGAGCCCUAAAUUUAAAGACCUUCAGAAACUCAUUGCCAACAAAUUAGAACGCCCAGUAGUAAAGAAAGAGGCAGUCAAAGAAAAAAGUGCUAAUAAAACACCAGCUCCAGCACCAACUGGUGCAAUUCCUAGAGUUGCAGCCACCCAAUCUGGGCCACCACCUCCGCCCCCACCGCCACCUUCAGUUCGAUCCCCAACCCCACCACCACCUCCACCUCAGCCCUCAGUGAGAUCAACUACCAGUGCCACUCGGAAGGCUCCAUCCCUUGUAGAAUUUUAUCACUCAUUAAGAAAGCAAGAGGUGAAGAGGGACUCUCCAGAAUCUAGAAACCAUCAUAAACCAUCAGCUAUUAGUGCUCAUAAUAGCAUAGUUGGAGAGAUUCAAAACCGUUCAGCACAUCUGUUAGCUAUAAAAGCAGAUGUUCAAACAAAAGGAGAGUUCAUCAAUGACCUUAUCCAGAAGGUGCUAGUUGCAGCAUAUACUGAUAUAGAAGAUGUCCUAAAAUUUGUGGAUUGGCUUGAUGGAGAACUCUCAUCCUUGGCUGAUGAACGGGCUGUCUUAAAGCAUUUUAAGUGGCCUGAGAGGAAAGCUGAUGCCAUGCGAGAAGCUGCAAUUGAAUAUCGUGACCUUAAACUGUUGCAAAGCGAGAUUUCUUCUUAUAAGGAUGACACUGACAUUCCAUGUGCAGCUGCCUUGAAGAAGAUGGCGGGCUUAUUAGACAAGUCGGAGCGAAGUAUACAAAGGCUAAUUAAGUUAAGAAACUCAGUUAUGCGUUCUUAUCAGGAAUUGAAAAUUCCAAUUGAUUGGAUGCUUGAUUCUGGGAUUGUGAGUAAGAUAAAGAAGGCUUCCAUGAAUCUGGCUAAUGUUUACAUGAAGAGGGUGACAAUGGAGCUUGAAUCCAUUCGGAAUUCAGAUAGAGAAACAAGUCAAGAAUCUCUUCUGCUUCAGGGCGUGCAUUUUGUAUAUAGGGCUCACCAGUUUGCUGGAGGUCUGGACUCUGAAACAUUAUGUGCUUUUGAAGAAAUAAGACAGCGAGUACCGGGACACUUGGGAGGUUCUCAAGAGCUGUUGGCAGGCAUAGCAUCUUCCUAA